CUGGCCGGGCUGAGGAGGAGCCCUGCGUCCCCGCAGCAGACACACGCCCACGCGGCGACGUGCUCGAUGAACCGCUGGAGCUUGGAGGAGCUGGUGAAGAGAGACCCCGAAAACUUCCUCAUCCUCCUGCAGCAGAUCAUCAGGAAGACCAGAGAGGUCCAGGAGCACUGUCAGUAUGAGCUGGUGGCUCCCCUAGCGAUCAUGUUCUCCUCCACCCUGCUUCAGACGCCCUUCUGUCCCCCAGACGCUGAGCUGCUGGAGGAGGCCAUGCAGGCGUUCCGCCGGUUCCUCACCUGGCCGGAGCCCUACUGCAGCGUGUGUCGGGACCUGCUGUCCACCCUGCAGCAAGAGCUCAGGGCACCAGGGAUAUCGUUCAACAGACUGGUGAGAGAGGAACAAGGACUCAACACCCCUGGCUUCCACUCCAAGACUGUGACGGUGCUGCUCAUGACCCCUGGUGAGGUGCCUCCAGAGUUCCUGUCUGUGGGCCGGCAGCUCAGUGGCAUGCAGCACUCCCCCAGGGACAGCUUCAUCACCCUCAUCAAGCACGCCUACCAGUCGGCCCUGGGCGCCAAAUACCCUCUAGCCAGCCUCCACAAAGCCCUGCAGGCCAAAAGCGUACAGGAGCUUGGUGACAUUUUCUCCCUGGUAACUGAUGUCAUGGAGACCGCCGCCAUCAUGGCCGACCCACAGGAAGGCUGUGAUCACAUCAUCCUGAGCCUGGAGAGCCUCUGGGAGAAGCUGGAGGUCCCAGCCUCCAGUGGGAGACCGUCUAAUGGCGCACUACAGACGAUCCAACUUCCGACGCCCAAGUGUUUCAUGUUCCCCUGGGAGAAGGACAACUUUGAUGUGCUGAAUGUGCUGGUCGAGAACGAGCACGACCUGGAAGACCUCCACACCAUGGACGGCCAGACGGAGGAGGAGGAGGAGGAGGAGGAGGAGGAGUGUGUGUCUGGGGACGACGAGGAAGGGGAUGAGCCCCCAGAGGACAUCGACUUUGAAGUAGAAGCGCCCGUCUACCCCCACAAACGCAGCGCCGGUGACCGCGCCUCCACCAUCUCCACCGGCUCCUCCCUCUCCACCUCCUCCACCUACUCCACGGUGUCGGCCGCCUCGGGGUCCUACGCUCCCUCGCUCUCCUCCGUGACCUCCAGCACCGACAGCGGCGUGGAGGACGCCGACGACUCCCCGCCCUCCUCGUCGCCCUCCUCGCCGCCCGUCUCCGAAAAGUCCUCGCCCAAGCCGGGCAAGUCCCCCCUCAGCCACUACCUGCUCCGGAUCCUGGUGCGGCCCAAGCGCCCCCGCCGCCUCGACAGGGCCAGCAGCCUGGGCAACCCGGAGUCCAAGAACCUGCUGGGGACGCGCACCCAGCGGUCCUCCUCCCUCCCCCAGCAGGUGGAUCGGCGCGGCUCAGAGGCUCGGCCACAGCCCCAGGCUCCGGCCCUCCGGCACGUCUGCUUCCGCCGGAGGCCCAUCCUGAGCAGCGACGAGGAGGCCAAGAGCACCACACUGCGGGUGGUGGUGUUCGGGGCCGACCACGCCGCGGGCAAGGUGGCCCGGGCCUACCGCCGCCUGCAGCGGAGGGAGGGCGCCUGUCCGCACCUCAGCCGGCUCUUCAGGCUGCAGUUCUACUUUGUCCCCGUGAGGAGGGACUCGGGGGCCCCGCCGGAGUCCCUGAGGGCCCCGUGCCCCUGGGUCCAGGCGGGCUGCCCCCCCCAUGGAGCGGUGUCGUCUGCUGACCCUCAAGCAUCGUGGUCAGAGGACAGUACGAAUGAUAUCGCCCACCUCUUGGGCUUGCUGGACCCCUGGUACGAGAGAAACACACUCAGCCUCCUGCACCUGCCCGCCAACUUGGUCUGCCAGAAAACCUCCAAGAAGGAGUCUCAGUUGCAUGACGGUUCGUAUGAGUGCCGGCUCCCCAUCCUGGCUGACCUGGUUCUGUAUUACUGUCGCCAGGCUACACGGCCCACUCUCAUCCAGCUCUAUCAGGCCGAGCUAACAUUAGCAGGCGGUGAAAGGAGGACAGAGGUCUUCAUCCACUCACUGGAGCUGGGACACACUGCGGGAACCCGAGCUGUCAAGGCCAUGGGUUCUGCAAAAAAAAGGUUUGGCAUCGAUGGAGACCGAGAAGCAGUUCCUCUCAAGCUGGAGGUGCUUUACAACAAGGUGGUAGUUAGUGGGCGGAGUCAUUGGAAAGGAGAGACCAAAGUGUGCACGUCAUUGAACCUGACCAAAGCCUGCAAAAACCAUGAGGAUCUAGACCCUAAGAUGGAGUCCCUGCUACUGAGUAUGACUGAAGUUCUGAAGAGACAAAACUGUAAAGCAAAGAAGAGCUACAACCAGUCUCUGAGCACAUGGGAGGUGAAGGUGGACAAGGUCCAGGUGAGCGGAAGUGAGAACACAACCUUUGCUGUGUGUCUGGACCAAGACGAACGCAAGGUCCUACAGAGUGUUGUCAGGUGCGAAGUGUCCGUGUGCUCCAAACCGGACAGCUGCACGGACUGGAGGCAGGCCCGUGUGCUGUCCCCCCAGAUCCGACCCCUCAACCCCACCUUCUGCUCCCUGCUCUGCCUGCCCGUACACACCUUCGUCGGGGCUAUGCCCUGAAGACACUCCCGGGCCACUCCAAAUACACUGAGGGGGCUUCGACUACGGGGGGGCCCGACGGACGCUACACUAUUUCACUUUCCCUACUUCCCCUCGUGGAGGACAGUGCGGCCACGUUGGACGCCAUGGCUGCUCAGACUUUACCUCCCCCUAUUAGGAAAAUACUCAAGCUCAAGUGUCCACGCAGCUAAUGGAGAAACUGGUGAAUGAGUCAAUGCACUGAGUUACCUGAUUGAUGCACAUGUGGGACCUAUGGUGGAGCUUUAUCCAUAGACUGUAUAAAAAUUAUUGUGUGUCGAUUUUUGGGGCUGAUGUGAUGACGCAUUCACAAAAACCUUUUGUUUGUUAAAAAGUUUUAUAUAAUAUAUGUUUGGGAAGCGCAAGCAAAGACAAUAAGUCCAUUAUGCUUGUGCCAUGUUGUGUUCUAGUUCAGUGGACUGGCACCACGUUCAGGGUGACUUCCGUCCCCUAGUGUUCGGAGAAAGCCUCCAAGCUCUGGGACCAACAAAGAGCAAGCAUAUAAAGAGUGUGAUUCAACACAUUCAUGGAAAGACAUGAACCUCUCCAUGUGUUUUGUGGUGAAGCUCUUAGAUAUCCUAGAUAUGAAUCGGGAUUAGGAGUAUUCACACUUUUAUACGAAAUGUCAAAGUAAUUUGUUAAAAUUGCAUAUAUUCUAGAUAUAUUGUAAACAGUGUGUUUUUUGGUUGUUUCCAAUGUGUUUCAAUGUGCUUCCUAAGAGUUCCCCUUUUCUUUAAAUGACCACUUCUUCAGGAGAAAUGGGCCUGCAAUAAUUAUUUAGACCAAUAGAGGACUCUGUAAAUGUUGUACCAAAUUAUUUGUAAUUUAUUUUCAAUGGAUUCUUUUGUACAUUUAAUAGCUCAGUUUAAAAAUGUAUUUGUUUGAAUGUAAAAAUAUAACCUUGAUAUUUAGGCAUAUUUUAAUACUAUACUAGAGAGGUUCUUCAACUUUACUAGGAUGAAAAGUAUAAUGUACGCUGUCGCUGUUCCUACUAUAUUGAAUAAAUUAGUAGUUUAACUAUGCGGCAGCUGAAGCACCUACUUUUAUCAACUCUUACUAAUGGUACUGUUUUGUUGAGUUACAGUAACUUUCUCUAAUUUCAUUUGAGGAACAGUCGAUCUCUACAUUGAUACUUUGUAAGAUGUACAGUAUGGAUAUUUAUAUAUACAUAGGUCAAAUUUGUGUACAAUAAAUAAAGUGAGUAAAAUCGA